AAAAGGCUGCCGGUGCGAAAUCUUUGUUAUUGCAUCCCAUUCCCUGCCCGUCAUUUCAAGGCCUUUAUUUGAAAUGUCAGGGUUUAGGGAAUUGAUCCGAGAAUCUGGAGUAGAUAAUCUGAAUAGGCUGGUCGAAAAUGAAGACACUAAGUAUUUGGUUUUCACUCGGCUAACGAGUCAGUGGGCGUUAUGUGUGAGUGACGGGAUAGAAGUAUGGCGGAUAGAAUGGGACGAGGAAGAAAUGGAAGCACAUCGAGACCUAGCGGGUAUAUCCUCAGCGUCUGUGAUGCUGAACCGUAUUAAAAAUGCCUUUAAUGCAGGAGACCUGACAGUAACCCCGACAAGCAGCAUGAUAACACUGAUAGCUGGGUCAGGGGUUUCGGGUGUUACAUUUAACCUGUAUGAAGCUAAAGCUGCUGAGAGGAAAGCGGAGCUGCAGUCAGUUUUGUUCAGGCUUGCAGAGGAUGUGCAAACCUUGGACUCCAAGUUAAAGGGGGUCAAUCAAACCAUAGAAAAGCUGAAAGCCCAGGCCGGCAGUGGGGCUGCAGGACAUGUGGGAAAUCCCCUGAUGGACCUGGGGCCUAAGAAGGGGGUGAACCCGGCCAAGAUAAAGCCCAGGAAAACAGGCAUGAGUGUUGUUAACCCUACAAGCAAGAAGAGAAAAGCUCCAAGCGGCGUUGUGUUUGAUUGACAUUUAUUUUAAUAUCACUAUUCGUUUACCAGUUUAAACAUCAACAUAACAUUUACUUAGUAAACAUUACAAAUAGAGUACCACAUUUCAUACAUUUUAAUGUGAUUUAAUGCAAAUCACUUCAUAUUGUGAUAUAAUACAUGCAUGAGGAUAAAAUUGAUUUUUAUUCAGUGUAUGUGUGAAAGUGGCCAAUAAAAUUAAACA